UUCACAUGGACCCGUAUCAAGAUUUAUCAGCUUGGAAUCUUGGUGGUCCACCGAGUGGGAGAAGUCCGUAUCCACCCACCGGAGUCCAACCGGGGGGCUACCCAGGAGAAGCACUCCCCUAUCCUGGUGGAGGAGGUUAUUUUCCAGACCCCGGAAGCGGCUUUCCCACUUUCCCAGCGGUGUACCCAGAACAUUCGAUGUUUCCAGCGCAUAACUACCCUCCUUCCUAUGGAACCUAUGCUAAUGAAUUUCCACCGCCCUCAGCAGCUACUUCUGGGACUUCUGCUACUUCGGGAUAUAACUACCCUCCAGCAGGUGGGCUAAACCCAGCUGCGUCAGGCUAUCCUAUAUGCCCUCCGAACACAUCGGGGAUGGGUUCGGGAAUGGGAAUGGGUAGGGAACUGAAACCACCUUCAGAUGGAUUUGGCUAUGCUUCCUCACCUUCAUGGAACCCGUCGGCGGGAUUCAACUCCAGCAGAGCAGAAUUUCAUCCCCUGGGAGAACAGGUUGUGACUGGCGCUUCCGGUGGUACGUCAAUCUAUUCACAUUACUCAGACGACAUAGAUGUGUUUGCUCCAACACUGAGGCCAUAUCCUGAUUUCAACCCCGUCCAUGAUUGCGAACGUCUACGAAAAGCAAUGAAGGGUGCUGGUACGGACGAAAAGACCAUCAUCGAUAUCAUGGGUAAUCGGUCCUGGGAACAGCGGACAAAAAUUGUCUUGCAAUUCAAAACCAUGUACGGGAAGGAUUUGCUAAAAGAGUUUAGGUCCGAACUGAGCGGGCAUUUUUAUGAAUGUGUUGAGGCAUUGUGUUACUCACCAACCGAAUUUGAUGCCAUGCAGUUGAGGAAGGCAAUGAAAGGUGCCGGAACUGAUGAAAGUGCUUUAAUUGAAAUCUUGUGUUCUCGAUCAAAUGAGCAAAUCAAACGCAUCAAGGAAGCAUUCGCUCGAAUGUAUUCUGGACGAAAUCUAGAGAAGGAUGUGGCAAGUGAAACGUCAGGACACUUUAGGCGAAUGAUGAUUAGCCUGCUUCAGGCAAAUCGCGAUGAAAGUAAAACAGUAGAUCAGGCACUCGCUCGGCGGGAUGCGGAAGAACUGUACAGAGCCGGUGAGAAGCGACUGGGCACAGAUGAAUCUACGUUCAACAAAAUUCUAGCCUCAAGAUCUUUUCCACACUUGCGUGCUGUGUUCGAUGAGUAUUCAAAAGUGAGCAGGAAAGAUAUUGAGCAGGCUCUCAAAUCUGAAAUGAGUGGUGAUCUGCUGAGAUCAAUGCUGGCAGUUGUGCGCUGCAUUCGAAACAAGCCAAAAUACUUUGCAUAUGCCCUGAAGAAUGCCAUGAAAGGCGCUGGAACAAGGGAUCGGGCGCUCAUUAGGCUUGUGGUGUCUCGGUGCGAGAUCGACAUGGCCAAAAUCAAAGAAGAGUUCCAGAAAGAGAAUGGCAAAUCUUUGGAGUCGUUCAACAAAAUUCUAGCCUCAAGAUCUUUUCCACACUUGCGUGCUGUGUUCGAUGAGUAUUCAAAAGUGAGCAGGAAAGAUAUUGAGCAGGCUCUCAAAUCUGAAAUGAGUGGUGAUCUGCUGAGAUCAAUGCUGGCAGUUGUGCGCUGCAUUCGAAACAAGCCAAAAUACUUUGCAUAUGCCCUGAAGAAUGCCAUGAAAGGCGCUGGAACAAGGGAUCGGGCGCUCAUUAGGCUUGUGGUGUCUCGGUGCGAGAUCGACAUGGCCAAAAUCAAAGAAGAGUUCCAGAAAGAGAAUGGCAAAUCUUUGGAAUCGUGGAUCACUGAUGACACCAGCGGAGACUACAGAAAAUUACUGCUUGCACUGGUCACAUGAACACUGUUUCUCGACUGAUGCCUUGUUUAACCGGAUGAAGACACCUUCAGAUUCCCAAUAUUAAGAAAGUGCUAACCUAUUGAUAUCUGUCAUUUGAAGAAAUAUUUUACUUGUUUUUACUAACUUAAUUUUCACUAUUCGGCCCUCCCGAUCAUUUUUCGAAUGGCUUGUCUGACGCAAACACCCUUACGCGCGGGCUGAUUUUUGCCAGAAGUAUAAAGUCGACGUAAGCCUCCAGACACUCAUUGGAACAAAUUUCGUCAAUAUAUCAUGACCAGACUUCCAUCUGUUUUUUGUGUAAAUACUGAAGUUAUGGGAAGCAGCAAAGUAGCCAGUAUUCGAUGAGGGUGGGUUGAUGAUAUUAUCUAUUCAGACCGGUCACCCAGUGAGCGACCGUGACCAUGGCU